AUGCGCGCUCUAGACGACCUCUUGUUCGGCUUCAUCAUUACGGCUGGAUACGCCGCUCUGAUUCAAUACCUCGGCUUGGCCAUGCCUCCGCAACCGUCGAGGAACUCUCUUGGUCUUUUUUGCCUUCAAUUCGUCAUUGCAUAUUUCUCGGACGAUAUCGCUAGGGUUUACCUUCACAUCGGCACGACCCAAGCUAUCGAUCGCGGGCUAGAGAGGCGUCUUUGGGACUUUCAACUCGUCCUGUGUAUGGUGACCAAUGUGGCGUCCGCUUUCACGCAGCUCUGCGCCAUAUGCGGUACGGAUGGAGUCUGGACCGGAUACACAGACGAUAACGCGAUCCUCUUGUGGUGUACCAUGACCCUGGAACUCGUGUGGAAUAUAGGAUUGAUCGCAUAUGUCGUUGAUACCAGACCCGUACAUGUGGCACCACGGGUAUCGGUCAGCUCAUCAUCGCCUAUCGAGACGCCGAUUUCAACGCCGACUUCGAGCCCAAUUGUCGCUCCCUUGGAGCCGCAGGAAGGAGGAACGGCUGCAAACGAGCAAGUCGAUGGCUUUGUCGCCGUUUGAUGGACGGAGACAUCUAAUUGCAAGGACCACGGUGGUCUGAUA